AUGGAGAUAGAUUGGGGGAACUUAGAUGUUAAUCUUUUAAGUUUAAUUUUUGAUAAGCUAGUAGAAUGUGUAGAUCACAUCUAUUUUAGUGCGGUAUGUAAAAAUUGGUAUUCUAUUGCGAAGUAUAAUUAUCAAAAUCGACAAAUACAAAAUAAUGUAUUGCCGAUGUUAAUGAUUCCCACAAGAAGAAGGUGCAGAACAAAAAGAAGUUUAUAUGGGAUUUCAUUAAAAACAGAUUACAACUUCAAACUAUCUGUACCUUAUAACAAGAGACUUUGUGGUUCAAGUCAUGGUUGGGUAGCUAAGGUGGAUUAUAGUUCUAAGGCUAUCCUUAUAACACUCCUCAAUCCUUUUAAAGAUGCGGUAUCCAUCAUUUUACCACCUAUCUAUUUCAUGAAUACGUGUAGAAGAAAAAAACGUUAUGAGUAUGAUGUGCAUAAGGUUAUUUUGUCUACUAAUCCUACAUUUAAGCCGCACGAUUAUGUAGUUGUAGCCAUUUAUAAUAUGCGUAAGUGUCUUGCUUUCUUAAAAGCUGGACAAAAUAAUUGGACUUAUAUUGAUGAUAUUUUUCCUCUACUCAAUGAUGUUAUAUUCUACAAAGACCUAGUCUAUGUCGUGGGACUCCAGAAUAACAUUGUCUCUUUUGAUUUGUCUUAUUUAAAUGAUGAAAAGGUAAUUCCCAAAGUUGUUUUUUUGAAGGAGGGUGAUUAUGCUGAGCGAACUUAUCUUGUAAAAUCAUUGGAAGGAGACUUAUGGCUUGUAAGAAAAUUUAUUGGAUUUCCCGGGGACGAAGAUGAUGAAUAUAAUAUCGAACCUAGUAGUGGUACAGAAAGAUUCGAAGUAUAUAACUUGGAAUUGGAUCUUCAAACAGGUGAACUUAUACAAAUGUUAAAAAUUGAUAGUUUGGGAGACAAUGUCUUAUUCGUAGGUGACAGUGAUUCUGUUGCCGUGUCAGCUUCAUAUUUCUCUAGUUGUCUCCAAAAGGAUUCAAUUUAUUAUACAGACGAUUUUUACGGAGACGUGCCACCUUACCCAAAUGGACCAUUUGAUAUGAAAAUUUACAAUAUAAACGAGAAAAGAUUUAGUCAGCACUGUCCUUUUUACCCUUGGUUUAAACGAAUGCCACCUGCAGUAUGGAUUAUUCCACCAUUUCAAUGGGAUUGA